AUGGCUUCGACUGCAGGCCCGGAACCUCGGGCCUCUCCUACAACGCAUGCUCCACCGGCUCUUAGGAAGGCAAAGCCCUUCGUAGUUGGUGGACUAUCAGGAUGCAUUGCCACUUGUUGCAUCCAGCCUGUUGACAUGGUCAAAGUUCGGCUGCAACUUGCAGGAGAGAGCGGCGCAAAAGGGUCCACAAGUCCAAUCCAUGUGCUGAGAACAGUGAUAAAGGAUGAAGGUGCUCUAGCACUAUAUAAGGGCCUGGACGCCGGUAUCAUACGUCAGGCUGACGCAACCCUGCCUCCAGAAGCCAGGCGCAACUACACUGGCGUCAUGAAUGCAGUUUCAAGGAUUGUCAAGGAGGAGGGGCUACUUGGGCUUUGGAGAGGCAGUUUUCCAACGGUUUUGCGCGCAAUGUCGCUCAACAUGGGCAUGCUGGCAACGAAUGACCAAUGCAAGGAAAUGCUGGCUCCCACUUUGGGCAAGGGAUGGGCAACAACACUAACGGCAAGCGCUAUUUCGGGCUUCUUUGCAGUGACGCUGUCUCUUCCUUUCGAUUUCUUAAAAACACGGUUGCAGAAAAUGCGGCCCGACCCAGUGACCGGAGAGCUUCCUUAUAGAGGCGUUUUAGACGCCGCCGUAAAAAUUACCAGGAAGGAGGGUAUUACUGCUUUUUACACGGGGUAUCCGACGUACUACGUGCGAAUUGCACCACAUGCCAUGAUUACGUUGAUCAGCAUGGACUAUCUUGAUAGGGCGCUGAAUCGGGUAGGAGCUGCCAGAAGUCUCUGCAAAAUAAUGGCUUCGGCCAUUUUUCUGUGCAUAUACAUUGCUGCUGCAAUGGUUUCGACCAUGACCGAUUGCAUCCAGAAUAUACCAAAAUGGGUCGAUGAUGCAAAGCUAGCAUACGCCGCCGAACUGAAGUCUUCACUCGUAACGCCUAUUACUGCAAACGAUGCCAAUGGAGCCGUUGUUGACUCAAUUGCACCGGUUGACGUUGCAGCCCUGACAGCUGAGCUAGCACGACUUGAAGAAUCACAGGAGAAGUUUCUCGGCGAUCGGCGUGCAAUUGCAUUUUUUGCCUCCCUUGUCCUGAUUGGCGUCUUUCUAGUGUUCUACUUCACCACUACACGUCUCGAACAGUCAAUGAUGGAGGCCAGCAAGCUCUUGGAAGCCACUACCCGACCAAAAGCUGUGGACCUUCGGCUUUGA